AAAUUGUCUUUGUUAGUCAGUGAGAUUUUGCGGAGUGCGUUGUGUAGUGUUGAUUCUAGAAAUUCCAUAAAAAAUAUUGAAUUAUUUUAUUACGGUCGAGUCAAAUACUGUGUUUUACAUCUGUAAUUGUGUACAAAUCUCAUUAUCUUCUAAUUUUUGUUUGGGUUAUUACCAGUGCUUUUAAAUUUGUAGAGUUUCUUUCACAAAGAGGUUUUGUUGACCGUGCGCAAGGAACCUUUUAAACCAUCAUUGAACAUUCAAAUGUGCUUGAGACGAUAAACUCGUUUCGGUGAAGGUGGAUAAGCGUCGCGGUAACUGGCAUGGGUGCGCGGUGAGAGUCCGAUUGCUACAACAACAUGAUAGAGGGCGAGAAACAGCAGAGCGCGGGCGGCGCCAACGCCGCACCGCAACACAGGAAAGGACACAGGAGGCAAGAAUCAAUGUAUGCGAUGACGGGUCUCUACGCGGAAUCAGGGUGCGCCGAGGGAGACGCAGCCGGUCCCAGCACGCCGCCGUUACCUGCGCAUCCCUCCCACCCGCCACGGGAAUCCACCAAGUGCCACAGCAGAAACCCUUCUGCUGGUAUAUGCGACAGAGAGAAGGAGCGAGAAAAAGAGAAACCGCACCAGAUAUUUCCAGAAAUAUUAGACAUUCCUCAUGACGCACGAGAUUGCGGGAUCCUAUCUUGGAGGCCGCUUUUUAUCCAGAGAUUUUCUAGUAUUAAAGUGUUCGUAUUUUUCCUUUCGUUCCUAGUAACAUUGCAACAAGCAUUAAGCUCGGGCUACAUAAACUCUGUGAUCACUACAAUCGAGAAACGUUUCGAAAUACCCUCGAGCCUCUCGGGGCUCAUUGCGAGCAGUUAUGAGAUCGGUAACGUUAUUACCGUUAUAUUCGUUUCAUACCUUGGAAGCAGAAGGCACAUUCCUGUGUGGAUCGCUGUUGGUGCCGUUAUAAUGGGUAUCGGCUCGCUAGUGUUCGUCGUGCCACACUUUAUAGCGGAAGCGAACAGCGAAAUGAUGGCGAACAACAAGUCUGAUGAUAACAUCUGUCGAUUGCCGCGUGCGAUGGACCAGGAUAUCACGGGCCUCGGGAGAUUGUCGCAAGGCCUGCCGCCCAGCAACUUGAGACCAGAUAACUGUAUUAAGAGUACGCCCAGCACUUUCGUUCCUGUUAUGGUAUUCGUGGUCGCGCAACUGUUGCUCGGGUGCGGGGGAUCCCCGCUGCUGACCCUCGGCACCACGUACGUUGACGACCACGUGCGUCCCGAGUCAUCGAGCAUGUAUAUUGGUUGUAUGUACAGUAUGGCUGCUUUUGGUCCGGUUCUUGGAUUCUUAUUAGGUGCAUACCUACUGUCAUUUCACAUGGACUCUUUCUCUGGUGAUAUAAUUUCAAUAGAUCCAGGUGACCAUCGGUGGGUUGGUAUGUGGUGGGGUGGCUUUUUGCUCUGUGGCCUUCUCCUCAUUCUGGUAGCCAUUCCUUUCUUCUCAUUCCCAAAAGUAUUGGUUCGCGAGAAAGAGAAGAUCCGUCUCGUUGAGAAAGCGGCUGCUGCUAGUGGCACAUCUACGGCCAAGACGCCAGCGAAACCACAAUCAGAUAUAAAAGAUACCGGAUAUGGAAAAGAUAUAAAAGAUAUCCCCGUAUCAAUGUGGCGCCUUCUAAAAAACCCAGUAUAUGUGGUUACCUGUCUGGGUGCAUGUAUGGAGCUCAUGAUAGUAUCGGGAUUUGUUGUGUUCCUGCCGAAGUACCUCGAGACACAGUUCAGUCUCGGAAAGAGUCAAGCCAGCGUUUUUACAGGUUCGAUAGCUAUACCCGGUGCGUGUAUUGGAAUCUUUAUGGGCGGCUGCCUUCUCAAAAGGUUGGAGUUGCGGCCAAAAGGCGCUGUGCAGUUCGUGCUUAUAUCCAACACCAUUUGUCUAUCUUGCUACGCGCUUCUGUUCUUCCUGGGCUGCGACAAUAUCAAAAUGGCCGGCACCACGAUACCUUACACUAAUAACAGCAACCUGGAGCCGUUCAAAGUGAACCUGACUGCUGCUUGCAACUUCAACUGCCUUUGCACUGAGACGGACAUGGAGCCGGUGUGUGGGAACAAUGGUCUCACCUACUUUUCGCCAUGCCACGCCGGUUGCGCGGCCUUCUCCUCGCGUUCCAACUUCACCAACUGCGCAUGCGUGCACGAGAACAGUCGCGAGGCGGUGGGCGCGAUGGGCGUGGGCCUGGGCGUGGGCAACGGUGCGUCCGCGUCCGCGCUAACGGCGGGCGUCGCUCGCGAGUACAGCGAGGUGACGGUGGUGCCCGUGGCCACGGCGGGCCCCUGCAACCCGCCUUGCACAACCAUCUUCCCCUUCUUAGUGCUGCUGUUCUUCAUGACGUUCAUCGUCGCCGUCACGCAGAUGCCGCUGCUUAUGAUCGUACUCAGAUCCGUGAGUGAAGAAGAGCGGUCAUUCGCACUUGGCAUGCAGUUUGUGAUAUUCCGUCUAUUCGGCUAUAUUCCGGCGCCGAUAGUAUUCGGGAACCUCAUCGACUCCACCUGCAUACUUUGGAAGCAGUCUUGCAGCGGAGAGAAAGGCGGACGUUGCCUAUUGUAUGACAUCGAGCAGUUCAGAUACAGAUACGUAGGACUUUGCGGUGGAAUAAAGAUUGUGGCUCUAGGCAUAUUUCUAGCGGACUGGUGGUUAGUGCGACGCCGCAAACACCUCGAAACUACCCCUCCACUCGAUCCUCACAAGGAUAUCACCGGAUCCAUCAUCAGUCUGGAUAAAUUGUUCGAAGAGUUGCCGUCAGCAGACAACGCGAGCGGCUUCCGCUCGGGAGUCACGUCGGGACUCAGCUCAGCAACGACCACGCCAAUGGAGCCGCCCGCACUGAUGCAGGACGCGGACCCAUACAGAAGUAAACUACAGCGGACCGACUCGCAGUACUCGCAGGACUCUAACACGCGCGUCCCGGGGAAGAACUCGCGCGUAUUAGUCGCGUCGAGACACCUGCGCAACGACUCCAAGACAAUACAGCUAGAGCCGCGCGCGAGACAGCACGCGCAAGAAGAGGAGAGGGCGCGUGCGAGUCGCAGCGACUCGCGGCACUCUCGCGACGCUUUCCCGCGCUCCGCCUCGCGGGACUUCCCCUCGCACUCGCGCUCCACCUCACGGGACUUCAAGAAGCCGCACUCUCGCUCCGACUCGCGCGACCUCAGCCUCGAGCAGCUCAAACAACUAGCCAUCAAGAGCAUGGAGAGCCUCGAUCUCACCGUACUGCCACUAACCAAAUGCGUGGAUGAAGAGAGCAAGCGGCUAAUAGACGGUGGCGGUGUACUGCGCCAUCGCCGCACCAGCUCCAAGGACCUCAAGCCGCCCGAAUCCAAGCACAAGCGAACCUCGUCCCAUCACAUAACGAUGGAGCCAAACGAACUCAGCCUCCAGCUGCAGAAGGGCCGCAGUGUCGAUCAACUCUCGGCGUCGCCCCUCGAUCCAAGAGUAUGAAUACGCUCGAUUAUUAAACUAAUUGUGUAAAUAGCCAAUUAUAAUCUGAAUCUCAAAUUCAGUCUUCAAAACGCGGAGUUCGCGGUGAGAUAAACUGAACGAACUUUUAGGAAAAUUGGGUGAUGAUACGAUAGUGUUGAAAUAGUGAAUAGAAAGAAUAAUUUCUAUAUUUAUUUUUAGUUGUUGAGUGAAUGUCCGCACUGGAUGAGGGACUCGCCCGAAAGUCGAUUACGAGUUAAGACAUUAGGCACUAAAAAAGCCCCGCGUUCUGUUAGUUAGUCAAUUUAAAAAAUACGCAAUAUUAUAGCAGACUAUUAUAUAAAAGUUAUUUCUUCUAUUACGCUUAACAAACCGCGAGUGAUUUUAAACCAUAUCUUAUUGUAGUAGUUUAAUUAAUACUUAUGAUAUCGUGAUAAAUAUUAUCAAGGGCCGCACACCGUAUUCUUUUCUUUUAAUAAUAUGCAGCAGUUUUGUGUUUAUAUUGAAAUUGUUAUGCAUUAAUGAGCUGUUUGUAACUACUGAAUUCACUAAGAAUGUUCAAUGCAGACAUUUUCUAUGUUGGCCUAAAUUAUUAUAGGGGUCUAUACACACUGCAUUAAAACUGCAAUCCAGUACACAGCAAGUCAGCAUGCUUGCCGAAAGUGCAAGCAGUUAGUAAGAAGAUGAGAAAAUGGAAAAUAAUAAGUACAUCCCAACUACAUUUCUCAGCUACAGUUCAAAUGCAGUCUGUCUACCCUUUAAUUAUCAUAGUUAUUCAUUUUAAGUAUGUAGAAUUAAACAUACAAAAUAGUUUGGGGGUUAACUACCAUCGCUUCGAGCAAUAUUAUUUUAAAUUAACAUACUGUGACGUCUCUUAAAUAAUAAUUAUAAUUCUGCAAUGUUAUCAUCAACAAUGUUAAAAUAAUACUGCCUUAAGAAAUGUUAGUAAACUCUCGUGUUAAGAUUGAAUAUGGAAUGAUUAUACCGGUACUUAAUCAUUAGAGACAGAAACCCAUUGAAGUUGAUCAAUACUGCCUUGCAGAUGUAAGCUUGUAAUUUUUCACAUAUACUGACAAUUGUGUAUGCUGACAAGUUAUUUGUUAAUAAUAUACAAAUAUACAAAUUUUAUUUCUGCAAAUGUACAAGUUAACAUUAUUCCAACUACAAAAAGUCAAUUUAAUCAGUUAUGCUUACUCUUAUAUUUUUAGUUAAUAACGGCUUUCUCAGUGAAAUGCUCUUAACCUUGAAUGGAUAAUAAGGCAAACAGACUCUGUACAAAGUUCAGGCCUGUUUUACUCGGCACUCAUACCUAGUGGUGUAACAUCUUUGUUUGCUCAUGGUUUUACUACUGAAUAUGUAAUUUUACCUACGCUAAAUGGUGCCAGCAGCGUCUCACGCUGGAGGCUUACUACUAUCGCUUAAAGCAAUAUUAUUUGAAACUGACACUGUAAUAUGAUGCAAUUCAAUGAAAAUAAGAAUGAUUGCUUAAAGCGAUGAUUUUAAGUUCGAAACUGAACUUUCACUCGCGCUUUAAUAUGUCCAUAAUCUAGUAGUAAAUGCGACUUUGAAAGAUUCGUCUUGGCAGAUAUUAUCUAUGCAUAUAAUAAUAAAACAAAAAGCCCAGUGAGGAUGAGAGUUAUUAUAUAGCCGAUAGCUUUAUCGCAGCGAUACAUUGAAAUGUAUCGCUGCGAUAAAGCUAUCGGCUAUUUAAGCUAAAUAUAUAAUUUCCCUAAUCAUCUGAGGGACAAAGCAGACUAGAGGAAAACAUUUCACCCAGUAUUCUCAUAUGAUACUGGUAAUGGUUCUGAUUAACUAAAUAAUGGUGUGUAUGAAAACCUGAAAAAUAGAAUAUAAACGUGGCUUGAAAAAAUUUCAAGUCAUUUUUAUAUUUUAUUUUAUUGUUACUAUUCUAGAAACAUAACGUUUAAAUAGCAAUAAUAUUUUGAUAACCUUGUUCAGCUAGUAUAAAAACACUUUAGUGUCUUGCUAGAAAUCACAGCACCCGCCAACAUAAUAUAGAUUAGCAUUCUUUUUUUUAAAUCACUUUAACCUGCUUACCAUUCUCGAAUAUCCUUAUAACAUUAGGGUUAAAGACACAAAUAGAAUAAAAUCAUAUACAUUAAUAAUAUAAUAAUAAAAGCAAGUACAUUUGGAAAUCAUAUCUAAAGUAUUGAUGGUUAAGACAAAUUUGGUAACUGAAUAAUUUGUUAAAGAAUCCAAACGUUUUGUCAUAUUAAUUAUAUAAUAAUAAUACAGUACAAAUCUAAAAAUAACAAACCAUUUCUAUGAUCGCUUAAUGUACAAUGGUUAUCGUUGAGUAAAAUUUAUUUAAACCGAAUUUUUUUUUAACUGCAAAGUAAAAUUCUGGAUGUUGUAAAAAUGUGAUUGUUCAAAAAGAGAGAAUCCAUGCUGUACUAAAACAAUUAACCUUGGGUUAAAGUUUUAUAGAACCAUCUGAAAUAUUAUCACUAACUACGUAAUUUUUCUUUUUUAACCACCAUAUGCGCCGAUGUUUCCCUAGCUCAAACUUGAACAUUAAAAUUUUUUUUAUUGUUUAUCAUUUGUGAUCUGCUUGUGAGCCCAAAGUUUUAUCUGAUAUCACUAAACAAUUAUUCAGGUUGUGAUUUUCUUUUAUGCUUAAAUUUCCAGGAAAAAGUGAAGCUAUCAGUUUUAACCCAAAUUAAAAAAAUAUCAUAGCCUACUCUAUUUUUACUAAAGUAACACUGUACAUUCAAUGCAGACUGCCAAUUCAUUAUCCAUUAUUUUUACGUGUAUUAUAUUCAAUUUUCAUCAUUCAGGUCAUACUAAUUAUGUUAACUUUUAAAUAGGGUAACACCUACAUGUCUUAUUGUUUUGUAGUUCAUCGAAAUGUCAAUUCAUAGGCUGCUGUUUCUAAAUUAAAAAUUCAAUUACUAUUGUAGUAAUAUUAUUUUAGUACGAAAUAUUUUUAAAUUAAAUAUUUAUCUUGUAUAUUUAAGAAGAAGAAAAGACAAAGGAAGAUUCAUUGUAAAUUUUUGUCAUAUAUAUGUUAAGAGAGAAAUAGUUUGAUAUGAAGAGUGUUAUAUCUAAUAAAAAUGCCUUAUUACAAUAGGUUCUAAGACUUGAUACUGACUUAGCUGUGAGAAAGUUAUUAUGUUGAAUGCAAAUGAUGAUAGAUUUGAUGAUAGCAACUCCUAAUUUGUUGCAUUUAGUGAUUAAUAAAAUUGCAUACACAUUUUAAAUUUAUUUUAUUUUAAUCCUAUUAUUCUCACACUAUUAAACAUUAUUCUAUGGUUUCCAGGGCUGAAAACUCCUUCUCUACC